CUCAAUUUAGUGCAAAACUAUAAUUUUAAAGUGAUGCUAAUCGAUACUGAUGAUGAAGCGACUACAUUAACCAUUGAUGAAUCUUUCCGAGAUAACAAUAAUGAAAAUAGCCACCUUGAUCAAACUUGGAAAGAAAAUGGGGUUGAGCCUUCAAAAGAAGUUGAAGCUUUGCACCAAUCCCACCAUGACUGCCAAACGGAACCAUCUACUCCUCUCAUUUCCAAAAUCAAUUCGCUACCGAUAAUUGAGUCCUCCAAAGAAGAAAUUGAGAAACCAAGGUCACCAUCAGAAACUAAAGCCAAGGAACCUAUUUCUGCCAUCAGACAAAAAAGGAUUUACAAUUGUUCUCGUAAAAGGAAACUAAAGCAGCAGUGUCGUAAAGGGGAAAAGGAAGAAGAGAGCAAUUCUUCUUAUCCUCCACCAGGCAGUUCAUGGAAUAUAGACGACAAAUCUCUUCCUGAGCCCCUGAGGUAUGAUAAGAUCCAAGAGUGGGUAGACGGCGAUACGAAGAAGAUAUUUCAGCAAUACAAAACCUAUAUUUACGACAUUUCUGGUGGUUGGGUCGUGAGGGAUACCAAUAGUGAGAAUCCCCUCUUGACGAAAAAGGUUUGUAUGGGAGUCCUGGUGUGCUCAGCGUCCUGUAACUUCACGGACACUUUUGUGGGCUAUCGACCUGCCUCAACUGAAAAGGCCUUUAAAGAACAGAUUGGCAGACGUUGUCCUAAUCCAAAAUGCAAUGGCCUCCUCGUCCAUGUCCCAUGUGAGGGAUAUAAUGGGACUCCGGUGAUUCAAUUAUGGCGUUUUUAUGAUAAAAGAUUGUAUUUCCAGAACAUAGGCAGGCAUAAUCACGCUAGACCGAAAAAGAGUGUUCCUCCUUCUCCUCCUCCUCCACCUCCUCCUCCACCACCUCCUCCUAAGCCUAAACCAACGCUGCUUAUUCCAAUGCAGCCAUCGAUCUAUUCCUCCUGCCGCCCACCUCUUCCAUCAUUACAAAUUACAAUUCCGGUUAAUCUAACGUCUAAUAAUUUUCCACCUAUGAGAUCGGCAAAUUGUCUAAACCUAUCUGGAAAUGAGUUUUUUUGGAGAAAUAUGGCCAAUUUUACUCCUGUGGAUUUGUCGAAUCAGCUCACAUAUCGAAUGCAGACUGCAGGAGUGCUGGAAAGAAAUAAGGCUAUUGUUAGUCAACAAGCAGGGAGCAGUAGCCCACCAGUAUUGGGAAACUUACAAUGUCGAUCACAAAAUGUUUCCAGUGAAAUUCCACCUAAUCUACCGAAUAAACCAACCGAUCCAUCUGGGGCUACAACAAUUUCAACCGAUCGGCUUGCAGGCAAAAACCUUGAUGAUAGAAGUAAAAUGGAAUUGGCUAACAGUUCUGCUGAUAUUUCCAACAACGCAAACAGUGCACAUUCGGGAUCGCUUUCCAAUGAAUCCACACCUCACGCACCGAGUGACAGUGUUCAAUCAGCUCCCGCUAAACGACCGUUACACCCAUUUAUGAUUGAUGCAAUUCUCGCCGUACCUUCUAAAAGUAAAUCGCGCGAAAAAUCACACCCGGAUCGUUUGUAG